CGCUUCUCCACUGCACCUCCCUAUAAAUUGGAGGCCCUGCGUUCACCUCGAUGCAUAUCUAUCACUCCCAAGCUGCAAUUUCACACUGCAAUAGCUAGGAAUCAAAAUAUAGAGCCUUGCAGCCCUUGCUCUCGCCUAAGUUGUCUAGCUAGCUAGUUUUGAGUAGCGUCGUUGUUAUACUUGCUACUACCUAGAGCUAGCUAACAAUGGCCGCCGCACCUGCACGCACCUUCUCCGUGCGCUCCGUGGAGCCUCUUCCCGUUUCAGCUUCGCUGGCGGCAACCAGAAACAACGACCAGCGAGGCCGCCCCCGUGGCCGUUCCAUCAUCGCUUCGGCGGCGGCGUCGAAAACGCUGCUGCCCAGUGAUUUUGACCUCCAGCUCCAGGAGGGCCUGACAAGCGUGCAAAAGAUUCUGCAGGAACGUAGGAACAGCGCCCGGGAGAUUAUGGCCACCAUCGACAACCUCAAGCGCCUCUGCAUCGACCACUACUUCCAGGAAGAGAUCCAGAGCGCCAUGGGCGCGUGCUUGGAUCUCAUCCACAGCGAUGAUCUCUUCGAUGCGACACUUGCAUUCAAGCUCGUGAGAGAGGCCGGCCAUGAUGUUUCAGCAGAUGAUGUUCUACGGAGGUUCACUGACGACACCGGCGAGUUCAAGCUUGCUCUUAGCAAAGACAUCAGAGGGCUCCUGAGCCUCCACGACAUGUCACACCUGGACAUGGGAGAGGAGCCAUCACUGCACAAGGCAAAGGAGUUCUCAAGCAAGCACCUUGCAUCUGCCAUCAGGUACCUGGAGCCAGGCCUCGCAAGGUACGUGAGGCAGUCCCUCGACCACCCCUACCACCUGAGCCUGAUGCAGUACAAGGCCAGGCACCACCUCAGCUACCUGCAGAGCCUGCCCACUAGGGACACUGCAAUGGAGGGGCUAGCAAUUGCAGAGUUCCAGCUCAGCAAACAGCUGCAUCAGGAAGAAAUGCAGGAGGUUAAAAGAUGGUGGAUGGAUCUUGGAUUGUCUCAUGAGAUACCAGUGGUGCGGGACCAGGUGCCCAAAUGGUACGUGUGGGCCAUGACAAGCCUCCAGGGACCCUCCUUGUCCGGAUAUCGGAUUGAUACCACAAAGAUAAUCUCACUCGUCUAUGUUGUGGAUGACAUUUUUGAUCUUGUUGGCACACCGGAGGAGCUUUCCCUCUUCACCCAGGCAAUCAAAAUGUGGAAUACUGCGGUUGCCGAUUCACUCCCCAGUGGCAUGAGAUCAUGCUACAAGGCUAUUUACAACACCACGAAUGAGAUCGCUGAUAUGGUUGAAGUGGAGCAUGGAUUCAACCCUGUCAAUCAUCUCAGGAAUGCAUGGGCGGCGCUGUUUGAUGGGUUCAUGGUUGAGGCAAGAUGGCUGGCAACCGAUGAGGCUCCUACUGCAGAGGACUACCUGAGAAAUGGUGUUGUCACGUCAGGAGUGCCACUUACAUUUGCACACAUAUUCGCCAUGCUAGGGUAUGACAAAAGUAACGAAGCUGGAGCAAAGCUCGCCUAUGACCACAUCCCUUCUGUCAUCUCUUGCCCGGCUAAGAUCCUCAGACUUUGGGAUGAUUUGGGAAGUGCCGAGGAUGAGGCUCAGGAAGGACUGGACGGAUCGUACAGGGAUUUCUACCUGAUGGAGAACCCUAGCUGCACCCCCGGGGACGCGGAGGCACACAUGCGGAGGUUGAUCGCGAGGGAGUGGGAGGAGCUCAACAGGGAGUGCUUCUCCAGGAGGACCUUCUCCUCUAGGUGCAACAGACCGGUCUGACCGGUCGGGGCCUGAACACGGCUAGACCGGUCUGACCGGUCGGCACUCAGAAAAACUCGUGAACAAGUUUUCAAACCACGAAUCUCGAGCAAAUCACGUCCAAAUCUGAUGAAACUUGGAGGAAAGCUUCGUACCUA